ACAUCAAGGUUGCAAUCAAGGUAAUCUUGAACCCCGCUAAAAGCACUGACAAGGGUGGAUCUAGACCUUCAUGACUUUGAAAUGAACGAAAUGAAAAGUGAAUUAACAAAACAUUAUGGUGCGAAUUUCGUCUCGUCUCUUCAAAAAGCCAAUUCUGAACAAAAUUCAAAACAAUAUCGAUGGUUAGAACAAUGCUAUGAAAUAGUUAUAUCUGCGAAAAUCGAUAAUAAUAAUAGUGGUGAUAUACCAGUUAUUCCAAUUGAUGGAGGUUCAGAUGCUGGUAUGUUUUGUGUAGUCGGCGCUCAAUUCGAUCCAUCUCGUAUUAUUUAUCAUCGCUCUACUACCAUUUCUAAUAAUAAUGAUAAUACUAAUAACAAUAAUUCGAAAUCAAUGGAACCGGGUGAUAUAAUCUUAGCUGUUGAUGGUUAUGAACUCUCAGGUUAUACGAAACGUGAUGCUAUUACAUUAUGUAAUGCUUGUCUACAAUCUCAUUCACAUGUUCGAUUGCAUCUUAGUCCACCUCAUGCAUUAGUCACAAGUAGUACAAUGUUGUCAAGCUUUUUGGCCAUUUCAUUUGCAAUGGACUCAUCAGAGUAUGCCCUUCAAGAAAAAAUACGAGAGAAUGUUUAUCAACGUGUAGUACCUUGUACAACUAGAUUACCCAGAGCAGAAGAAGUAGAUGGAGUUCAUUAUCGUUUUAUGAAUGUACCUCAAUUUCUUGCACUUGAACGUAGUGGACAAUUAUUAGAAAGUGGAAUGUAUAAAGGUAAUCAUUAUGGUACACCUCGACCAGACCCUAAUUCUACCGCUUUAGAUCCUGUAUUUUUAGAACAAUUCCAAUUAUCCUCUACAGACAUUUCACAAAUCAGUGAUGAUGCAUGUAGGAUCCCACCGCCAUUGGCACCACUAAGCUCAUUUAAUACAUUUGCAAUUCAUGCUACCACUACUGCUUCGGGGACUAAUGGCAGUAACAUUACUACUACCAGUAGUAGUAGUAGCAGUAAUAAUAACUCUAGUAUUGGUGUAAAAUUAAAUGAUCCAUUACAACAAUUAGCAACAUGUUCUCCACCACCGCCUCCACCAAUUCGCAAUUCAUCAAUUACAAAAAAUGCUAAUAUUGUCUGUAAUACUAAUAAUAUUAAUAUUAAUCAUGGUAAAACAUCGACUAAUCUGCUAACUUUAUGCACAACUGAAAAUUAUCUGACAAAAACAAUCGAUAACAACAAUAACAAUACACAGUUAAAUGGAUUAAAUGAAUUGAAUGGUAAAUUGUACCUACCGCGUCCAAAAUUUUCGAAUGAUGAAGCUAGUCUAUGGUCACCCAGUGAAAUACAUCUAGUGGAUGAUCAUAAAACAACCGCGUUGUCCACAGCAUCAACAACAAUGUCAGUUGCUGCCAAUGCUAUUACUAUUACAACUACUACCAAUACUAAUACUACUAAUAUGAAUACCACUACUAUGUCUAACCAUGUCAAUACGUCGAUGACCAAUGGUUGUUCACUCAUUGAAAGUUUCUGUGAUCAAACAGCUUAUUCAGUGGAUAAAUUAGAUCAAAUUGGUGAACAUGUAUUACCAUAUGGUUGGGAAAUUGUGCAAGAUAUAAAAUAUGGUACAUUUUACAUUGAUCAUAUUAAUAAACAUACACAAUAUGAACCGCCAACAGUUGAAGAUUUUCAAUUAGGUGAAAAAGUACGCAUGAAGUAUUUAUCACAAUUUGAUACAAUUCAUCAUAAAACUAAAACUAAUACUACUAUCAAUAAUAAUCAUAAUAUCAUCAAAAAUGUAAAUAAUGAUGUUAACGCCAAUAAUAAUUAUGAUGAUAGUCAGAAUGAAUUAGGCUCAUCAUCCAUUAAUGAUAAUGGACGUAUAACUCCUGUGACAUUUUGUUCCGAUUUAAAACAAUUACGAGGUCCACUGAUUAAUACAGUUUUAGUGAAAAGUCCACGUGGUUUUGGAUUUACAAUUAUCGGUGGUUCCGAUUGUAAUCGGUCGGCAUUUUUACAAGUGAAACAUCUUGUCCCAGGUGGUCCAGCUUCACUGAAUAGCCAAUUAGCUGUUGGUGAUGUUAUGGUUAGCGUGAAUGGGACAAAUGUUCUUGGUUAUACACAUUCUCAAUUGGUUUCAUUAUUCCAGUCAAUCCCAGUUGGAGCUAGUAUUAAUUUACUAGUAUCGCAAGGUUAUCGAUUACGGAGAGAAGUUGGUGGUGAUCCGCCAACACAUUUUAAUGGUUCAGUAUCCGGUAAUCAUCUUGGUGCGACAGGUUUUGUACCUGGUGUGAUUGAUAUUUCUGCUCAGAAUAACCUAAACAAUCUGAAACUUGGUGAGGAUACGUUAGAUAAUCUACCAUUGACGGAGUUACAUCUAGUUAAUUCAUCAAGGAAUUCUGGUGUAAUCUCUUCACAUUCUUCGAUUUCACCAACACCACCGCCAUCAGCAUCAUCAUCGUCUAAUAAUGGUAAUUCAUCUCAAGAGCUACUUGCAGUACGUUCUAGUCCGUCUAAUUUAAAUGGUGGUAGCUGUGUUGGAAAGUUGCGUAAUUCACAAAGACCGGAAUUUUUAAAGGUGUCGAUUUUUAAACAAACCAAUGGUUUCGGCUUUACUUUAGCUGAUCAUAUCCAAGGUCAACAUGUGAAAGCUAUCUCAGAUCCAGUAAGAUGUGGUCGCUUACGUGUUGGUGAUGUCAUUGUAGAAAUUAAUGAUCAACGUGUAAAAGAUAUGCCACAUGUGGAAGUAGUUCAAAUAUUGAAACAAUGUCCAGUUGGUAAAGAAGCAAGAUUACUUGUUCAACGUGGUGGUUUGUAUACCUCCCCGUUAUCAUUACUGGAUACUGAAUUACUUGAAAUGAAUUCAUUGAAUUUCAAUGAACAGCGUUAUCGUGGGAACAUAGCUAAUCAUCAGUAUAUAAAUGACUUUCAUGUUAAAUCAACUGACCAACAGUCAAACACAUCAAUAAUCGGUGUUUUCCCCUCUUCUCCACCCACUGAUGUUAUUGUUAAUAGUAAUGCCAUAAAUACCACUACUAUUAAUAAUAAUAAUUUGAGUAUUAUUUAUGCUACUCCUCAACCUCAACGAAAUCAUCUUUCUUCCAGAAUUGGUUACCAUCAUCGAACUUCCGGUAGUACAGGAGAAAAUAGUAUUUCUUCAAGUAGUUCGUCGCAUAUACGUGCACAAACCCCCGAUCCAUAUGUGGAUAGGCGUUUAGGCUUAGAUAGUCCUAAUCAUCAAUAUCAUCAGCGUCACUAUCAACAUUCGUAUCAAAAUGAACCGUCCGAUUUAAUUAGUCGGUCAAAUUUCAACCAAACAGAUUAUAUUCAUCAUUCCAAUAAUAACAAUGGCAACAUUAAUAAUAACAUGGGUUUAUCUGUGAUUUCGGAUCGACGCCGACGAGUACAUCCCGUUGAUGAUAGCGUUGUUGGUUUAAAUAAGGAUAACUUUUCACCCGAAUCACCUAAUUCAUCAACAACUUAUGGUUCAUUACUUCGACCUGGACGUAUGCUUCCAUUGCGUCAUUCACAAUCAUCCGUAUCCAACAGACCAAACAGUAAUAUUGUCAGAUCAGCAACAGCGGUAACGACGUCAGCAAUGACAUCCUCAACAGCGCCAUUGUGUAUGCUUCCUGGGGAGUUCCUUGUACAUUUAAAGCGUCAGUCAACUGGUUUUGGAUUUAACCUAGUCGGUGGAGCUGAAGAAAAUACUCAGGUAUCUAUCGGUGCUCUGCGUAUGGGUGGUUCAGCUCAACUUAGUGAAGUUGUACGUACUGGAGACAAGUUAAUAUCAAUCGAUGGUGUACGUGUUAUUGGAGCAACACAUGCAGAAGUUGUAGAAUUAUUAGAUAGAGCUGCACAUACUGUUGGUCAAGUUACAUUGGGUUUACAAAGAGGAAAGGUUGAAAUUGACAAUCUCAAUUCACACUCUUCAUCGGAACCCGUUGAUGUUGUCAUAUCACGAAGUGAAAAAUCUGAUGGAUUUGGGUUCUUUUUGACUAAUACCAAACCAAUUCAUAAUUCACUAAAUGAACAUUCAAAUGUUAUUGCUGCGAAUCGUAAUAACAGCAAUAAUAAUAAUCUUCAGAAUACAGAAUAUAUUGCUCAAAUUGUUCCUGGCAGUCAAGCUGAACGUAUGGGUCUGUUGUCUGUUGGCGAUCAGAUAUUAGCUGUAAAUGGUAUUCCAACAUGUGGACUACAUCAUGAUGAAGUAGUUCGUUUGAUUCGAGAAAGUGGUAAUCACAUAGCUUUGAAAAUUUUGCCAUAUUCAGGCUCAGCUUCACGUGGACGUAAACAUCCUUUGCCAAUGAGAGAUUCAGUUGAAUUUCCGGUUACAUUAUUUCGUGGAAGUAGAGGUUUCGGUUUCUCCAUUCGUGGUGGACAAGAAUUUAAUCGUAUGCCACUAGUUGUAUUACGUAUUGCAGAUGGUGGUGCUGCUCAAAUGGAUGGUCAUUUAAAGGUUGGUGAUGAAUUAGUUGAAAUCAAUGGUUAUUCAACUAUUGGUAUGUCACAUGGACAAGCUAUUGAAAUCAUACAACGUGGCGGAAAUACUAUGCGUUUAAUUGUUCGACGUCGUUCUCCACGUGUUAAACAAUCAUUAGAACAACAAAUGUCAAAUGGUUUAACUCGUGUUAUUGAUAGUCGUACAAAUGCAGAACUAUCAUAAAGUUUAUGCAGGUAAUAUGUUUAUGUUGUUGAUUGUUUGUAUUCUUAUAUAUAUCUGUGUGUGUGUGUGUUCAUGCAUGAAUAUAUUUGUAAAUUGUCUAUUUAUAUAUAGAUGGAAUGUGUUUUUGCAUUGUUCCCCCAAAAAAUGAAUACCUAUGUUGUUGUGCAUCUUUUUAAUUCUUUCAAUGAAUACUGAAAUAAAAUUAAUUCACGUGAUGGUUGAAUCAGUUCAUCGUUACUCAUAUUCUUCAUUGAUAUAUUAUCGUACGUAACACCCGGGAAAAAAAAAGUACAUAACGAGAGUUAAACAGCUCUUCCUAGUGUUAUCUCACUUUUAAAGUUUACACACAGAUCAUAAAAAUCAUUAUUGCUUGAAAUUAUCUUUAAAGAUUUAAUAUGAUAUUACAUAGGAAUUAAUAUAAGUAGUAUAGGAACGAACUCCAAAAAAAAAAUAAUAAACACUGGUUAUCAAACACAGGAAUAAUAAUGAUGUCCAUUUUUGCAGAACAAUUCCGUAAUCAUUGUCAGAAUGAAAAUCAAUUCCUAUCUUAGUACAUAAAUAACAUAUUGUAACAAAUCAUUAUAUACACUAGGUAUUAUUUGGCUAUCAGGACUCAGUAGCUAAGUGGAUAAUGCGAUGGCGUUUGAAGCGAAUGGUACUAAGUUCGAGUCCCAUAGUGAACAUCAACUCUGAGAUGCAGGUACAUCCAGCUGAUGAGUCCCAAAUAGGAUGAAACGCAUGUCCUGGAUUCCACUGCUAGCUACUAUCCAUCAUUGCUUACAAAAAGCAUUAUAUACACUAAUUAAUCGAGAAUACAUUACUGAUAUAGUUGUGUUUUUUUUUCAAAUCUAAUAUAUCUCGGUUUGUUACUAUGUAAUCUUCAUAGUUCAAUAUGCUUCCCUCUUACUAAUAUUAACAAUGAUCAGUAAAUAAGUUUUGUUCUCUUUCUGUUACUAUGUGCGUGUGUGUGUGAAUGUGAAUGUAAAGUGCAUGUGUAUUUAAUAAAACGUCUCUCUUUACCUUGAUCCAUUUAUAUAUCUAUGUAUUACCUAUUAUAUUUAUAUAUUCUAGAUAAACAAUCACAUCGACUUAGUUUUAACAAACAUGAUUCUUCAUCAAAUUGGUUUCAACGUACUAUAUUAGAUAAAAAUCAUUCCUCAUCUCAUUUUAAUCAAUCUCAAAGAAGAAAUGAAGUUCUCAGAUGGACCAUUCGUAAAUAAUUCAUUAUUUUUUAAGUUGUUUUUUUUCUAUCCUACCAAUGUUUGUUUUUUUUUCUAAACAAAUAAACAAAC